UUUUUGUAUACAACAAUCCUCUUGAUCAACCAGGCAUGACAAGCUUGGGAAAGCUGACCUAGGGUUAAAAGCAUUAGUGAUGAGCUGCAUUUCCUGUUGAGUGGAGCGGGACUACUGGGCUGUAAAUUCAAGGUAGCAUCAGUCAACAUAUUUGGGUUUAGGCAAGGCUGCCACAAUCCAAAACAACCUGCACCUAUCAUGUUAAUUUGACUGUGGCUUGAAGAGAGGAAAACAUGCUGUCCUGAAGGUGAAGUUCUCCAAAAAGAAAAAAGGCAACUCAAUUUGGAAGAAGGUUCUCACUUGUCAGAGAAUGAUGGCUCCGAACCAACUCGGUUGGAUUCUCUUUGUAUCCAUGGCGACAGUGAUGCCGGUCUCCUCUGAGCAAGGCCAAUCAUGCCCGGUCAUGCAGGGGUUUACACCCAUCCUCACCAAGCCCAGUGCAGAUCUUACCCUUGGGCUUAUGCUGAAUUUACAUCAGGCUGGCCAGGAUACAUCCAGCGGGGCUCUAUGCAACUUCAGUGCCGAGACCACUUCUGGUUCACUGUUAAUGAAAGCUGCUGCAGCAGCUGCUGACAACUGGCCCGACUCCAUCCAACUAGCUGGGCUGAGUGUUGGCUUGGAGAUUUAUGACUUGUGUGAUACAUUCCAAGUUGCUGAAUACAGUGUAGUGCGCUUUGCAAAUGAAAGGUAUGAUGAUUUGUUUGCAAAUGGAACGGUAUGCAGAAACAGGACACUUAGACUUGGUGUGGUUGGCUUCAGAUAUAGUUCCUGGAGUGAGUCCUUGGCACCACUUCUGCAACCACUUGACCUGCCAGCUAUUUCUUUCACUGCAACGUCCACUUCUUUGAGUAAUGCAGAGAAAUACCCAAAUUUCUUCAGGACUCUGCCACCUGACAGCUCUGCUAUCAUCAUGGCCCUAGUGGACAUUUUGAAGAGUUAUGGCUGGACCUACUCAGCUGUAGUUCACAGUGAUGACACACAAGGGAUGAAUGCACUCAAAGCUCUGGAAGAUGCCAUCAAAGAGGCUGGAUUUUGUCUGACUAAGCCUAUCAGAGUUGGUGCCACAGAGACAAGGGACCACACAUAUGAUGCAAUUGUGAAUGACCUCAUUCAACAGAAUAUCAGUGUUGUGCUUCUGUGGGCCUUACCAGACAAUAUAAGGAGGCUGUUCUUGGCCGUGGAACGCAUCCAAGGUGCUGCCUAUGACAUGACAUGGCUCUCUGGCAAUUAUGCACCGCUAGACAUCGACUUCAGCAGCAUCCCAGGCAAUGCAAAGGCUCUUCGCGGUCUCUUUGUUUUGUCGCCGUUUGUGGACAUGGGUGAUGCAUACAAGACGUGGCUUGCACAGUGGUAUCCAAAUGUGGAAUUCAAUUACGGUCCUACUGGACGACUAAUUGAUGCCAUUCAUGCUUACAUAGCUGCAUUCUCCUUGGCACACCAGGACAAAUGUGGUGGUCAGCAAGGGGUGUGUGAGGCACUGGCCAAUAUCCAAGGAUCAGAGUUCAUUGACUUCAUCAAAAGAGUGAACUUCACAGGAAUUGACGGUCGCACCAUAUCGUUUGAUAAGAACGGUGACCCGGCAAUUCAAGUUUUUGAUGUUCUUCAGUUCAAGAGCACCAGCCCACCAAACAUGUACUACUUCCAAACGGUUGGUGAGUGGAACUCAGAUCAGGGCCUGACACUCAACAAGAGUAAGGUAGAAUUCUACAGCCAAGGAGAUUCCCCUGUUGAUCCUCCCACUUCAGUGUGUCCGGAGGGAUCGUGUUUUGACCCCAGGUGCCAAGAUCUCACUGAAUUUAUUAUACACACUCUGCUUGAUCUGCAUGGUUCUAGGUGUGACUCUUUGAGUUUGACUCGGUUCAACCAACUUGAGGCAAUUAUCUAUGCCCUUCACAAAAUUAACCAAGACCCAAGUUUACUGCCUGAUGUUCAUAUCUCCAUCAAAACCGAUGACAUAUGCGGGGAAGUAAAUGCAGCAACUAAGGCUGCCUUGGAGUUGAUCCAGGGCUGGGAUUUUGACAGAGGAUUUCCAAACCAAGAGGACAAGUUUCACCUCCUAGGUACACUGCAUUCCGCCAGUAGUAGGACAGCAAGAGAACUCAGUAAAGUACUGCAGGUUACCCAUGUACCAGUGAUUGACAAUACGGCAACGAGUCCUACUCUGAGUGACAAAAAUGAGUCCCCUAACUUUCUACGUACGAUAUCCUCAGAUGUCAAACAAGCUGAAGCUAUGGUGGAUCUUUUGGCAAGUCUCAACUUCAACUAUAUUCAGACGAUCAACUCAAAGGGUGAUUAUGGGGAUGAGGCUAUUAAGGCACUUAAGGCAUCAGCAAAAGAGACAGGAAUCUGCAUUGCCAAUUCCUUCAGAGUAGACUCGGACACUAAUUUCGCUGACCUAGUCCAUGACCUCACGGAGAAGUCUGACGCCAGGGUGGUUGUCGUCUUCCUGUUUUCCUCCCACGCCAGAGCCCUCUUCCAGCAGCUGGUUUCCAUGAAUAUCAAUUCAGGACGGUUUCAGUUCAUUGGAUCCGAGAACUGGGGCACCAGGAUGGACUACAUCCCUGAUUUGGAAGGUCCAGCCAAAGGAGCUCUGACGGUGACCUUCAAAUCUGCAGCCGUUCGGGAAUUCGAAGAUUUUGUUCUUAGCCAGACUCCUGACAAUGCUGAGAAUAAUCCUUACUUCAAUGAAUACUGGAUGGACACAUUUAAAUGCAACCUUCCUGGAGCAGAACCACGGUUUAGCCAGAACUGUACAGGAUCUGAGAUGCUGUCGAGCAGUGAUGUUGACAGCUUGGGAGUGGAAGACUUCAUCAAUUCAGUUUAUGUGUAUGCAGUUGCCUUGUCAAAUCUCAUCAGGGACACCUGCCCAGACGGAAGGGUCUGUGAUGCUCUCUUUGAUGUGCCAAGUGAGGAUUGGAUUGAACACCUCAGAGCAGUUGAUUUUAUCAGUCAUGUUGGUUUGAGGAAGAGAGUGAGGUUUGAUGAGAAUGGAGAUGGCCCUGCUCAGUAUUCCUUAUACCAGUUUAUAGAGAAAAAUGGCACCUACCAGUAUGAUCAGGUUGGUGAGUGGACAUCAGAUGGAGGUCUUAUUCUGAACAAGACUGUGAUUAAAUUCUACAGCCCAGAGGGACCUGUCAUUGGUUUGCCUCAGUCAUUACACGGACAGGGAUUCUGUGUUGACCCUGUGUGCAGAGACGUCGACGGUCGCACCAAGUUUGUCAUUGAGGCUCUCUUUGACAUUCGUGGAUCAAAAUGCAACACAAUACAGGAGAACUGGAUUACCCAGGCGGAGGCAGCAAACUUUGCAGUUCGUGAAAUAAACUGCAAUUCCAGUCUCCUUCCAGGUGUGCAGUUGUCAAUGACUGUGAAUGAUAUCUGCGGGGACACGGCUGCUGCUGGUAGGGCGGCAUUCCAGUUGGCUGGGGGAUGGGGCUUCAUCAGUGGAGGGUUUCCAAGCCAAGGUAAUGAGUCCUACCUGUUGGGCAUGCUGCAUUCCGGGAGCAGUGGUAAGGCCAUCACAGAAAGCAAAGUCCUGCAAGUUGCAGAUGUGCCGUUGAUUGCCAGCAGUGCCACCAGUCCAGCACUGAGCGACAGGAGCAUGUUUGGCAAUUUUCUUCGUACGGUACCCUCAGACAUCAAACAAGCUGCUGCAAUGGUUGACCUGUUAACAGCGUUAGGAUUGACUUACAUUCAGACGAUCCAUACCAUGGGCGCUUAUGGAGAAGGUGGUAUCAAGGCUCUCAAAGAGGCAGCAAAAGAGAAAGGAAUCUGUAUUGCCAACUCCCAUGUUGUUGACUCAGACACCAAUUUUGCCAUUCUGCUGAAUAACAUAUUAGCCAAACCAGAAGCAAGAACAUUGAUUCUUUUUCUGAUCGACGAACAUGCCAGAGCCUUAUUUGGAGAGAUGGAUAGAAAGAAUAUGGAUCCAAGUCAAUUCCAGAUUGUUGCAUCAGAUACCUGGGGUGCCAGGACCGACUACAUACCUGGAUUAGAAGAUCAUGCUUUAGGAGCAUUAACAGUUUCUCCCAAAGCAUCAGGGAUCCCCGAGUUUGAAGAGUACUUCCUCCAACUGACUCCUGAGACUCAUGAUGGCAUCAACCCUUUCUUCAAUGAAUACUGGGCAUGGAAAUUCAAAUGCAACCUGCCUGGUGGCGAAACAUUAUAUAACAAAAACUGUACAGGCUCCGAGAUGCUUUCAGGAGAUGAUGUGACCAGCCUGGGAAUGGAAAACAUUAUCAAUGUUAUUCAUGCAUAUGCAAAUGCCCUCUCUAACCUCAUCAACAAAACAUGUCCUGACAGGGGUGUAUGUGAUGCCGUCUAUGGAGUGUCAAGCCAGGACUGGUUUGAUUACCUAAGAAAUGUAACUUUCAUCAGUCAGGUUGGCUCAAAGAAGAUGGUGAGCUUUGCUGAGAAUGGGGAUGGGGCAGCUCUGUACUCACUCUACCAGCUUAAGGAGAUGAACAACAGGUACCAGUAUGAACAGAUUGGUUUUUGGGAUGACAUCAGUGGACUAUCAAACCUUAAUGAUGGCAUCCUUGAUCCAGUGUUCUCUUCAAAAUGUACUGGUUUAUGUUUGGAAUGCAACUCUUCAUCAACAACCACAAACAUCACUUCAAACAAAAAUAACUAUUUUCGUAUAUCUGGGGACUUGGACUUUCCAGUCGUGCUUCAGCUAAGUGAGUCUGGAGAAGGGGUAACAUGUGGAGAUCUUAAGCUUGAGGAAUCACUGGUUCUGGCAUCACUCCUGUAUGCUCUUGACAAGCUUAAUGCCAACCCCUCGCUUCUGCCAGGGGUUAAACUUGGUGUGACUGUGGUGGAUUCCUGUGGGAAUCCUGCAGUUGCCACAAGGAGGCUCGUAGGACUACUGGGUGAUUUUGUCAGUCUUGAAAGUACUGGACCUAGUGUUGCUGUUCUAGGUCCAGCUAAUCCUGAUGUUGCUGAGGAGAUUGCCCACAUUGUGACUAGCCAGAGCAAACUGCCGAUGAUUAGCCAUGGUGCUGUCAGUCCUAAUCUCAGCAGCAAUCCCCGCGUGUUGAGCACAUCCGCUCCAUACACCGAAGAAGUUGCUGCUAUUAUUGCAAUCCUGAAGGCAUAUGAUUGGGAUUAUGUGGGAGCUGUCCAUUCUGCCACUCCAUACGGCAAGGUCAACAAUCAGGAAUUCCAGAUGGCUGCCAGGGAAGCUGGAAUUUGCAUUGGACCACAGCAAUAUGUUAAUGAUACAACGGACUUCCAAAAGGUCAUCAACGAUUUCAGCAGUGACAAGUCUCUGAAUGUCAUUGUGGCAUUUGUCAGUGAGAGACACGCCAGAAGUCUGUUGUUCGCAGAUAAAUUUGAACUGACUAGGAGGUUUGUGUGGGUGGGGACAGACACAUGGGAUUCUCUUACGUUGGUGUCUGGUCUCGAAAACACAGCCAAAGGAAUGUUGGUGGUGGCCAGUGACAGCCAAGAUCUUCCUGAAAUACAGGACUACUUCUCAAAUUCAGACAGCCUACGAGCUGCAAGUUUAAGAGAUCCGUAUCUCAGAGAUUAUCUCCAGGAAAUCUGUCCCAGCUUAUCCGACUGCCAGCUUGAAAAUCAACUCCAAGAAUCCCUCAAAGAGUUGUCUGGAGAAAUUGUUCCAUUGGUCAAUGCUUUGUAUGUAGCUGCUCAUGGUGUCAACUUGCUCCAUGACAUAAAAUGUGGUUCAUCCAGUGAUGAACUAUGUAAGAGUUUCUAUGAUUCAUCUCCUGAUGAGAAGGUGGAUGCUAUUCGUCGUGUGACAGUGGAAUCUGGGGCUGGUGGGAAACCUUUCUUAUUCAAUGGAGGGAGUGUUCCUGCGGCUUACAGCAUAAAAAACUACCAGUAUAAUGGGCAAAAUGGACAAUUCCUUGUUGUUGGUGAAUGGCACAACAAUCAACUAAGCAUUCGGAGUGCAGGUGUGAACUUGUACAGCCCCGAUGCAGAAGAGCCUCAAAGAAAUCCAUCUGGGUGCUAUUGUGGACCUGUUGAGUCACAACAGGUACAUGUGUGGAGGUGGAUAGAUCAUGGUAUAUGGGCAACCGUUGUCCUUGCUCUGUCUGGACUGUGUGGAGUGUUUGCAGUCUUGAUAGCCAUCUUGUUUCUCAGUAAUCGGCAGGGUUAUAUUGUUCAGAGUGCAUCUUUCAGUCUCAGCGUGUGGCUUCUCUUUGGUAUCAUCCUCAUGUACCUCCUGAAUCUGACGUUCAUGUUUGAGCCCAAUACAGCUAUCUGUGGCAUCCGUCGGUUUGGCAUCAGUUUUGUGUACUGUGUGGUGUAUGCCUCUAUGCUUGCCAAGAGCAUCCGCGCCAAUCGAUUUGCACGCAAAAAGCCUGGUGUUGACAUGAACUUUGCUGGCUCUUGGUCUCAGUCUCUGUUAUUCUUGGCCUUUCUUCUUCCAGAGGGUUUCCUAAUAGGCGAGUGGCUUAUCCUGAUUCCUCCAAGCGUUCGCCGACCCUUUGACAAUGACACUUGCGCACCUGGUUCAAUGCAAACAUGUGGCAUUUCCAACAUCGAUCUAACCAUCUUCAUGAUGUAUGCCUACUUCUUGGUCCUGGUCACAUUCUUCUCCUCCUUUGGCGCCCUCAACUCCCCUCAUGCCCAGCAUGAAGGUAAAUCCAUCUCAGUUAGUAGUCUGUUUAGCAUCUUGAUUCUGACUGCCUGGGCCUGUGUGCUGCACCUGGCUGACCCCCUGUAUGGUAUUCCGGGUAUCUCCAUCGGUCUGACGGCAGAUGCCACGAUCAUUCUGGUGUUCAUGUUCUUAGGAAAAGUAGGAGCCCUCACCAAGAAGGAGGAAGCUGACACUGGUAACAGGAAAGUUAAAAAUGCUGAUGUGGAAGAUCGGCCGGAGAAGGUGAUAAAUGUGUACGAAAAUGCUGGAGCUACAGCUCACGUACCAGAGGAGGCAGAUGUAGAUGUAGACGAACAGACCCAAUUCUAAGAUGGUGAGAGACAGAACACAGCGAACAGCAUCUUGUCUAUGAGACACAGCAUUCCAAAUCAUCCGUAGUCUUUAAUGGAUAGUAUCAACUUGACAAGGUGAAAAAAAAAAGAUUGAGGCUACGGCUGGGAAUAAGGCAUGAACCUAUGGAAACCACUGGCUAGCAGCUACAUUUCUCUAGCCAUUUCUAAUGUAUUUCAAAAUGUCUAUGUUACCCUGACCGAGAGACAGUUUGGUUGUGUCAACAACAAAUUUUGAGAAUCACUUUCAACAUUUGGCAUCAAUUUACAGAGGUGAAAAUCUGCAAAUGGAAGCAUUAAUUGAAAUUUUACAUGUAAUCCUGGAAAACAAAACGGCUUCAAAAAGAUUUUUUUUCGUUAGCCACUUUAGUUUUAAUGGUGGAGGAAUAGAAUUCUGUUCAGUAGUAUAUGUAUAUGCAGGAUGUAUAUGAUUUGACCAUUUACAUUUAGCUUUGGCAUUUUGGUAUGUAAUCUUGGCCAGGCACAGCUGUAUUAGUGUCCAAGUGGCUUAAAUGUAUUCAUAACAAAACUGUGAAUUAUCCUGAACAAUGUGAACAUGAUAACAUAAUUAUACUGUAUCUGCUCCUGUCAACAUUUGAGGACCUGACACAUAAUCUAUCUUUAGUCUCUAUACAACCAUAAACCCUCGAUGGCAUUUGAAAAAUGUCUUGAAACAGGAUGCUUCAAGAAUGUUGGAGCCAACAAAUACCAUAUUUUAGUUUGUAAGUUACACAUGGAGUUAUGUACAUGUAGACUCAAGAAUAGUAUUACAUUGUGUAUACAUGUGCAUAUCUACCAUGGUACAUGUACCUGUAUAUUCCACCAGUCCACGUUUGAUUAAAUGUGAUUUAUGCAAAUGAUAGAACCUGUAUAUUGUUUAACAUGUAUUCUGCAUCAGAUAUACACGUACAUGUACUGUAUUUAUGAUCAAUAACUACUUAAUAUCAGACCUGCCAACCUGCUGUACUCCUUCCUGAGGUCAGGCAUUACCACACGAUAGAUUAAAAGGUACUUAAAAGAACCCUCAGUUCAUUUAAUAAUCUAAUCUAUUAUGUGGUGAUGCCUGACCUCAGGAAGGAGUACAGCAGGUUGGCAGCUAUGUAAAACAUGUAUCAAUUUUACAGGUGGAAGUCUGUUUUAUCAUUGUUAUCGAUCAACAAGAUACUACGAUCUUAAAAUGCUAACACAUAAUCAAAAACAGGAUUUUUCAGCGAGAUGAAGAAGUGAAUCUUGUUUGCUUUGAAAGUAAUCACAAUGAAAUAUGAAGGACACAGCUUGGUGUGAAAUGGCUUCAAAUAUUGGCAACUGUGAUGCAUAGGUAAGAGAGGAGUGGGGAAGGAACUGUACAGUAAAAAAAAAGUAACCAGAUACGUGUGGAACUGUGAAAGGUAUCUUUCCCUGCACAGCCUGGUCACAAGGAACGAAUACUUUAUCUCACAUUCUAUUUUUUACCUUUUUACUGAUAAGAAGGUGUUGAGUGCUUUGAUUUAAUCUCAGUUUUAAACUUGCAUAAAACAAAUUAUUUUGUUUUUCCAUCAUGUGUAUCAACCAAAAUAUUUAACUGAAGGUGGCAGGGAAAUUGGAGGUCUUGAUUUACAAGUUUAUCCUAUGACACGUAAUAAAUCUGACAAAGGUGAAUUUGA